AUGGCCGAGAUCAAGCCCGCCAAAGCCGACAUCGUCUACAAGACCGUUGGAAAGCUGAACAUAGCCUUCGACCUCUUCCUCCCGGACAACAAUGCUAAGAACCUCCCCAUCCUCCUCUGGUACCACGGCGGAGGCCUCCUGCAAGGCCACAAAGGCCAACUCGCUCCGCACAUGCGUAAAGCGCCCAACAAGUACGGUCUGGCAGUCAUCUCCGCCGACUAUCGGCUAGCACCGCAAGCAAGCGUGCAAGAAAUCCUCGAAGACGUGCAGGACGGCAUCAAGUUCAUUCGGACUCAGUUGGCCUCCCAGGUCGGCGAGGGUGUGCUCGAUGUCAACCGACUGGCCGUCUCUGGGAGCUCGGCGGGUGGCUAUCUUUCUCUGCUGGCGGGCAUUUACGUCGAGCCUAAGCCGAAUGUCAUCCUGCCUAUAUACCCCAUUACGGAUCCUCUAGGCUACUUCUUCACCAACCCUCAGCCGCCGCCUAUGGGGCGGAAGCUGGUUGAGCGGGAGGAUAUCGCCGAGUUCCUGGAUCCCAAGGCGGACCAGGUUGCGAGUAAUGCGCAAGAUAGUCCACGGAUGAACAUGUACGUCCGUAUGCUGCAUGAUGCGAACCUGGCCAAAUUAUGGCAUGUCCCCGAGGGCGAGGCGGUAGACAAAUUCAGGCUUUCACGCCAGAUAUAUGGUCGUAGAUCCUCGCCAGCAUACUUCCUGCACGGCGAUGCGGACUCCUGUGUAGGUGUCGAACAAGCAGAUGAAGUGGUUGGCGCGAUGUUGGGAUGUGGGAUCGAGGUUGUAUAUGAGAGGCCUCAUGACAAGGACCACUUUCUGGACACGCCACCGGAUUAUGAGAACGAGGCGUUCUACUCGUUCUUGCUGAAGCAUGUAUAA